AUGAGAGGCGUUAUUAAAAUACUUGCUGCAGUCAUUGCUGUGAUAGCUUGCAUCCCUUGCGUUUUUGGGAAUGAACUCGACAGGCCAUCAUACAUGCAAACCUCGAUUGAGAAAAUCUCCAAAUAUGAGACCGGAAUUUGUGUGGUCACAUAUUAUUUAUUCCAGACAGGAUGCUCCCUAACUAACCAAUGGAUUCCUUGGACAGACAGUUUUCACGAGCUGUUUUCAGCAUUAUCGUGCAUUUUUUGCCUCAUGAUCUUUAACAUACUUGGCGAAGGCUAUCCUUUAAAUAGAUUCCUAGCUGAAACGCUUUGCAUUUCUAUCCCUUCUCUUAGUGUCGCAAAGCCCUCCAUGGCCUCGAUUCGAUGGGUUUUGGUAAUUACUCUUUUUGAAUGCAUUUCCUCUGAGCUGCGAGACAAGCUCAACAACAUAUACUCGGACUGUUCAUUCUUGAUGACGGCCUCACAGCUCUGGUAUUAUUUUUACUUUAUUUUGUGCAACUUUUCAAUGAUCACCGAGUACGAAUUGAUGGUGCCUUUUAUUGCAGCGAUGAUCUAUUUUCAGGAGUAUUUGGCUGACAAGUCGUUUACUCCUUAUACGGUUACUUUGGUUUUUUUGUUUGUGAACUGCAAUUUGCUGUUCGGAAUUUUGUUAAGCCACUUUAGGCAAAAUUUAAACUUGACUUUUUUGGACAUUUUUUUUAAUCUUUGCCUUAUCGAUCUGCUGAAAGCCAUCAUCUGCCACAAUUCCAUUCUUCAAGAAAUCGAAGCUCUCCGUAAUACUCUAAAAAAUGAAAACCUCCCGAUCUGGAUGAUGAAAUCCUUCUUUUUCUAUUACGUCGUAGUAUAUCUUCAAAAGACUUCGAUUAUCUGGAAGGAAAAUCGGUUUGAUGACCAAUCUUCGACCUUUAUCGGAAUUAACAGGAAUAUUUUGUGCAACAUUAUCCAAGCAUUUUUCCCUGCUACAUCCCCCAAGGUCAUUUCGGCUCAAGAGCUAGAGCACACUCGCUAUUUUGUCUUUUUAAAAACAUUCAAUGCUCUUCUGCUUUUCUUUGGACGCUCUCUCUCGGUAAAACGCAAUGCAGGACUUUUGAAGGGAGAAACGCCGGACACACAGUUUUCAGCCUUCAACAUAAAAAGCGUUUCAACAUUCUUUCCCCUGAUCCCCCCCGCGCUAUAUGAACCAGUCUCCUCGAAUUCCAGCAACCUGGUUAAUAGAACUAGAUUUAUUGCUUUACCGUCUAUUUCGGCCGCGUCUGUAGAUGUCGAGGCGAAGCCCGCGCUGUUGGAUGGUGAAAUCCCAUCUUCAGUGUCUUCGGGCUGGCUGUGCGUUUCUUGUGACAAAGCAACAAUCCUCCUAAGUUCAUUGCUUAGUCUGAUGGUGGUGGGUUUAUUAUAA